UGAUGACAACAGAAAGUACUUGCAGAAGACCAGGUUCUCGUUAUAUUGGUAUCAAGCGCUUUCACGACACUUAAACGUAUCUGACCCCGUCCUCCUUGACCUACGAACAUAUAACUUUACAACCUUCCUGGUUACAACGGGCAAUGAGUUUAUAAAUGGUAGAGGAAGCACAGGACAAAACAUUUUCAAACAGAUCCAAGAAAGAUCAUAACGGUGUGAUCAGGUGUUAGUAUCAAAGCAUGGCGCUGGUGCUUGGUGCCGUGACCACGAGUCUUGUGAUACUGCUGGUCUUGUGUUACAACGUGAACAGUAUCACUAUCUCGUGCUACAAUAAUGGCGUCAUAAGGCAGACAGAACAUUCCACGCCCUAUUCUUCUUGUAGCUACCUGUCUUUCAACAUGACGACAGUCAACUGGUUUCUCAUUUCACGUACCGGACAGACAGUAUCUCUUGCCACGUGCUCCAGAUCUGGUUCCUGUCAGAUACUGCAUCCGGUGAUCAGAAGCGCAUAUCGAUGGACAGGCAGGAAAUGGCAGGAACUCUGGUGUGCUCAGAAGUCUUUAGUAACAGCACCGUGUUGUCCGAUAACUGCACCCAGGACAUUGUUUAUCCAUUUCGAGUUGACGAUUUCAAUGUGACAACAAAUCUUCAAAAUUGGAGUCUGACUGCGGUAUUCACCACGUCGAAAGUCUUCUCUGCCUUGGGUUCUUAUUUCGUGGACAUUAGAGAGUACACCUCAGGGGGGUAUUACUUUAAUUUUUUAUCUCGACUUCCUCACGCUGUGUCUGAAACGUCUUUAAAACCAUACACCGACAAGCUGCUGUACUACAGGGGAACUUUAACGGUCACGUGGUCUCUUCCGGACAGGAGUGGUAACUAUUACUACGCUAGUGACAUCGUUCCAAAUGGACCAACAGAUUUUAAAAUUCAUCCAAAAAUAAGAGGUUGUAUUGUGAUAUCCGAGCCAUCUCCACCGACCACGAGUUGUUCUUUGACCUAUGUACCGGAAGUGGGUCCCAUCACCUGUCAGUGCAGCACUAAGUCGUUAGGAACUCCACCUGGCAGACUGCAGUGGCUUGUUGGGGAUGACGUCAUAGUAUCUGGGGGAUAUGGCGUCACGCAGCUACAGUUUCCCACGAACCGCGUGAACCGCUCGCACGAUGGCGUAGAAGUCUCGUGUCAACUGGACUGGGUGGUCAAGCAGCACGUGACUGUGGCGAGCAGUGUAGCGUAUGGUCCAAGAGAUGUCAGCAUCCAGGUCAUAUCCACCAACUGUGGGGUCACGGCGACCUGCACUGUGGAUGAGGUCAAACCAUUCACACCGGACAUGAUACAGUGGGGCGGUCUGUGUCGAGGUCAGCAGGGGGCAGUGUGUGUGUUCACCUCCCGUGGCGCGGUGGAUGAUGGGAAAGAGAUCACGUGCACAGUCACGAACAAUGCUAAUAACGGACACAGUGUCACCAGAAGUGUCAACGUCACGCUCACAGACUGUGUGUCUACUAGCAGCAUCCCUGUGAAGGACACCAUGGCGACUAGUGUAGGUGCGAGUGUGGGGGCAGCCCUCGGUGUGUCGGUGCUGGUGGUGUGUCUGGUGCUGGUCUUCUUGUGGAUUCACAGACGUCAUUCUGCAGCUGAAACGAGAAAUGAGUCAGUUGGGAGUCGAAAAGACUGCGAAGAAAACCACUAUUCCGGUCUAUUCGAAGGAUCGUCCAGUGAGACUAAUCAGCGUAACGCGAAACCAAGCACAAGGAACCCCGGGUUUGAACCUAAUGUGUAUCACAACACUUAGGCCCAGGCGCUGAUGUAUGAAACGUUGGAGGGAAAUUUUGAUGGUCAAUCUUGUGAUAUAUCUGUACCUCUAUCUAUAAUAUAGUUUAGACUGUUCUAUUCAAACUAUAUAUAUAUACACAGCUUUUAUUCCUCUCGCUUAACUAUAUAUAUAUAUGAGGAGUCCUUAGAGAAACUAAUGAAACUUUAGAAGUGAUGACAAUGACCAACUUUAUUUGUCCCAAUGACCAAUUUGAACUUGGGAAGGUGCUCUAGUCACAAAAAUAAAUAAAUAAAUAAAUAAAUAAAAAAAAGACAUAAAGUUCGUUGCAAGGUGCAGCGUUAAAAGAUGUCAACAGUGAAAAAUAUUAUCGCCUAUGUGAAAAAUAUUAGCAAAUUAAAAAAGGGCAAGUGACAAAUACACAGAAAUAAAACAGACAUCAAGGAUAUUCAUGUGCCCAUCUACAGUAUCUCUCUUACACCACUGAGAAUUCAUCUAAGGUUGAGCAGCUGGACUGCAGAUGCCAUACGAGUUCAGGUGCCUAUUGCUUUUUACAUACAGCCAUGGCAUAACGGGUACCUGAGCUUAAUAAUACAAAUUCUCUCGUUAGUACAUGUUCAGGUAUUGAAAAAGGUGUGAAACUUUCCUUACUAUUUGUUGGUCACAGAAAGAGGCAAAAUUCCUCUGUUUGAUAUCAAUUAUCUUCGAACAGAUGUGGACAAUAUUUAUCAGACUAUGCCUAACAUGGACAGAGAGAUUGCGAAACCAUCAUACAAACGAAAAAGAUAAAAUGACUGUUAAUAAACGGCUGGUACUAACAGCCUCAGAUUGUUUGACUAACUGGAAAAAAAAACUAUUUAGGUUAUGCAGAUGGUAUAUGAUUGUAAUUUUAAAACUUUCUUUCAACUCUUUUUCACUUUAAUUCCUCAUCGACUCUCUGCAUGCCAUAAAUUCAUUUCUUUUCCAUGUUUAAAUAAAAAUUGUGUGCAGAAAUAUUAGGACUGAACCAGUAAAAUGUUCUGGAGUGUUAUUCAAAAUAUUAAAAUAAAGUCAAGUGAAGAUUUUUUUCAGUUAUAACAAACUCUCCAUGAGUGUCAUCAGAGCUUAGAGAAACACAUUCUUUAAUGAAGACCAAUAAUUAAACACAAUUUUGUUGGAAGAGGAGAACCGCUCCGGCAUUCAGUGUAUCGUGCGCAAGAUUACCUCGUGCUUUAUUUUAGUGAUUACUAAUCACUCCGCGCAAUACUCGUGUCAUGGUCACACACUGAUACACGAAAAUCAUAACAAAGAGCAAUUCACUAGUCUCUAUUGUGAUACGCAACACAAACACCAACUUGUCAUAACCGAAAGCCGUGUCCAUGCUUACACUGUUCAGUCUGUAGGCCCACUCGUUGGUUUGGUUAGGUGUGUAUGUGUUUGUGUGUGUGUUUGUGUUUGUGUGUGUGUGUGCCACGCGAUCGUCAACAAAUAACACGGUGCAUGUAAUCUGAGCAUAGUACAGUCAUUGCAAAUUAGCUAAACAGCAACAGCCCGAGCGGUUUUACCAGUUUCACGAACAAAGAAACUAUCUUGGGAUCGAGGGACUGAUGUUGACAAGGGCAGACAUGUCAGGUGGAUUCAAGCUCCAGCCUUCUGCCUAGUGGAGCGUGGCGAUUGAUAAACACAGCCACAGCUCUACACACACUCACACCCCGCCCUACCACAGGUGUCGAGGUGCAGACUCAUGCUUGGCCUCCUUACGUCCUGGUCGGGGUGUGUACUCCAACAGUUAAACACGUCGCAAAA